AUUUCCUUUUCCACACAAACUCCAUCAUACAACACCCCAAAAAAAAAAAAAGAGAAAAGAUUUACAUCUUAUGAAAUUAAUAAUGCAAUUUUCGUGAUUUAUAUCAAAUAAAUCACACAAAAAAAAAAGGAUUUCCCUUUUACUUUCCCCCCCGUUGUUGAACAAAUGCAAUUCAUAUGAAAUUUUCUCAUCAUCUUCCUUCACCACUUCUUCCAGUUGUAGUAGAGAGUUCACUUUUUCCUUUUUUUUUUUGCAAAGCAAAAAAAAAUACUACUUCCAUCCCACUCGCACUCGUUCAUGAGAAUAAGAAAAUUCUCACUCGCCAUCGCAAAAAUGAAUUGAAAAUAUCCCCGAGUUGGAGUUUAUUAUUUUUUUUUCCUCCAAUCGUUUGGGUUGAACCCGAAAAAAAAUCGGACGUUUUUUUGUUAAAAAAUAAAUCGUGAUUUGUGAUAAACAAAAAUGCAAGCAAAGUGACAAAAUUAUUUGCUAAAAAACGUGUAAACGAAAAAGUGAUUUGCUCUCCCUCAAAAAAAAAAAGUAAGAAACGAAAAAAAGUGAUUGUACUAAAAUUCCCAAAUUAAAAAAAAUUAUUUAAGUAAUAAACCAGUGAAAUUGUGAUAAAAACAAAAAAAAAAAAGGACUUCGAUCGGGAAAGUUCAGAAAGUGGAAAAAAAAAAUAUUGUUUUCUUUGCGGUCGCGCGAGUGAUUUAAGUUUUGAUUUGAAUCUGGCCACGGGACACGGCAGAGGCAAGACAAGGUUUUUGUGGCCGAGAGAGCCCGAGAAGAAGAAGAGGCAUCCUAAACCCAUGACAGGUUGAUGCGAGUGCAGGUUUCAUAUUUAUAAUUCGUCGUCGUUGUCGUCGGCUUUCUUAUCUCAGGUCUUCAGUAUCAAUGCUCCCAUGAAAAUACUCUUGUAAAACCCAUUAAUUGAAAGCCAGAAAUGUAAUCGAAUCGGCGAAUAAAUUUUAUGGUUGUCUGAUCUUAAAAGCAUUGACUUUGACUACAAAAUAAGCCAACCUAAGAGGAGACAAACAUUUAAAAUCCUGCUGAAAAAAAUAUAAAUCUCAGCUUGGAAGUAAAUAAAAAUACAUAAAGUUUUUCUUACUCUUUAAAAAAUAAAAGAAAAAAAUGGACAAAGACCGUCAAUCGGUACGUCACAAGUCAAGUAAAAAUCACACAAGAAAAAGUUCCAAAAAAGACAAAAGACGCAAACGUUCUCGAACCGAUUCCCUAUCAAUCUCAGACGAAUCAAUAUCCCGACAUCGUCACCGAUCCACUUCCACAAAAGUGGAUAAAUCAACAAAAAGCGUCAAUGCAUUGGUCGAAUACUCCGAUGUAAGUUCGGAAGACUUUUCCGAUCCCGAAGCUGGUGAAAUCAACGACGAUAGUAUUGAAAAGACUGUACCGCCAGUCACCAAAACUGACUCAAAAACCACCACCAAGGGGACCAUUGACUCAACCAGCAGUGAUGAUGGCUACAGUCUUAAACGCAAAGAAAGCCUUGAAAUUGAAGAAAAAGUCGCAAAAAUGUCACCUAGCCAAUUACGUCGCAUCAUAAUUGGUUCGCCGAUAAAUUCCUCAUCGAAUUCAUCAUCAAUGCAAAAGUCCACUACGAGCAGCGAUCAAAAACGCCUGGCUGAAAUGGAAUUGGCAGCCGAAGAAGACGACAUCGACGAGUACCUGUCGACAGAUGACAAUUCAUUAUUAGACGAUGAUGAUGAUGAUUCUGAAUUGGAGCACAAACGAAAGCGCAAAAAAAGCAAAAAAGACAAAAAACAUAAAAAAUCAAAAAAAUCCAAAAAACGCAAGAAGAAGCGACAAAAGUCAAUAUCCAGCAUAGAGACUCUAUCCGAUUUGGAAGAACUCUUGGAGCGGCCCAAUUACACACCACCACCCAUUGGCAAGAAAUCCAUGUCCAUGGGCAAGUCUGGUGGCUCGCCAUCUGAUCGUUGGAAUCGUGGUGCAACUCACAACAGUGCUUCAACAUACACGCCCAUGAAAGAAGUCAGUCCGCUGUCGGUAGAAACGCCACCCUUACGUCCCAACAGUAGUAACAGCUAUUACUCAGAGUCAGCCUCGAACUUGCCCGGUGCAAGUGGCAGUGGCGGCGUCGGUAGUAAUCAACAUCUUAAUGUGCCGAAUACAUUACCCACCGCGACUACCAGCAUUCAUGUGACAGCUUCAUCACAUAGGCGCACAACGCCCAAUCCCAAGCAUCGGACGCCUCCAAUGCGCCAAAUGCCCGGCAGUAGUGGAAAGACACGGUAUGCUGCCUCGCCGCACACACCGCCACUGUACAAUAGCAGUAAGACAAAGGGUGACAUGUACGGAAGCCCAAAAGUUCCACCCAUGGAGCAUUAUCAUCAUCACCAUCAUAGGAACACUGGCAGCAUGGGAAGUCAUCACCAUCAUCAUCAUAGGCAGCCAGCGGGCCAAAUAGAAUCGAGAAAAAUAAAUGCAAUAUCGCCAGAUGAUCGUUAUCACCAUCAACCCGCCACUCCACCACACAAACGGCGAAAAGCUAAUGAGGGCCGUACCUAUGAAGCAAGGCAUCAUGUUUCCCGCCAAGACUUCCACAACUACAACCGGUUCAAUAAGAACAAAUACAACUUUAACAAGCGUUAUGCAAGUCCAAGUAGUCCGCCGUAUGCGCAAUAUAGUCGACACUCAUCUUCAUCAACACGUUCGCAUAAACACAAAUACACGGUGUCCAGUCCAUCGCCAGUACGAUCGAGGUCCCCGAGAAGAGACCGCUACUCACGCAGCCGAUCGCCGCGAACCUCCUCACAUCAAUAUGAGUCGUCAUCUCCGAGAAAACGCCAUUCGCGCUCACGGUCCUAUUCUCUUUCGCCCAUAGACGAAAUGAAACAAAAGCGACUGGAUUAUAGCAAGAAGAUUAGUGAAACGAGCUUAUUUGCUGAGCUGGUCAAGGACAAGCAUAAGCGAGAGAAGGCUCUAAAGGAAAUCAUUGAAAAGCAAGAAGAAAAUAGCAAUGGUGGUUUGAUCAAUGUUAACGAUAGCAGUCUCUCGAAUGACUCUCCAACGUUAGUGAAACCUUCAGAGGAAGCAGGUAAUAAUGAUUCCUCCUCACAACAGCAGCAACAGCGCGUAGCGAAUGGUGUUAAAUUAGGCAAUAACAAUUUAGAUAUAGUUAACAUUCCUAUGCCAACGGGCAACACAGUGAAUUUAGACGCAAUAGAUGGUUCAGCGCCACCUGUAGGUUUCCUCAAACAUCCCAAUAUUGGCGACGAGGCGCCAAUAAGUAACAAUAAUAGCCACAGUAGCAGUAACGAUAAUAAUAAUAAACCCAACUCAGACAGAGAGAAUGAUGUCUUGAAUAAAACCAAAGUCAAUAGCAAACCGAAAAGCCUUACAGCGCUACCAAUGCCGCCGGGAGUUAGUGUCGCUGAUUUAGUUAAUGCUCCAACACCUAGUCCUCCACGGGAGGAUUUAAUGCCGUCGCCUAAAUCGCCUACACCAACACCGACGCCUGAGAAGAAAAUUAUCAUUACCAAAACACCUGCUUCUGUUGCAAAUAAGAGUCUUUUGAAUCUGCCUAUGCCUCCAAUGGUGCCGGGUAGUGAAGAUUUAAGUGGAGAUGAUGAGAUUAUAGGUAGUCCGGAUGAUAUGGACUUGGUUAGUGGAGCGCGGAGUUCGAACAAUUCCGAUUCGAUGAAGAGAAAACGACCAGUGAUUCUAAAUCGUCGAGAUUCGAGAAGUAAUGUGAGAGAUUGGGGCGAACGGUGUGUUGAUGUUUUUGAAAUUAUUUCAAGAAUUGGCGAGGGUACAUAUGGAGAGGUCUACAAAGCUCGUGAUAAUCACACAUCAGAGUUGGUUGCUUUGAAAAAAGUGCGAUUGGAACACGAAAAAGAAGGUUUCCCCAUUACAGCUGUGCGUGAAAUUAAAAUUCUACGCCAACUCAAUCAUAGAAAUAUUGUGAAUCUUCAUGAGAUAGUUACUGAUAAGCAAGAUGCUUUGGAAUUCCGCAAAGACAAGGGUUCAUUUUACUUGGUCUUUGAGUAUAUGGAUCAUGAUUUGAUGGGAUUGUUAGAAUCUGGAAUGGUGGCGUUUAGUGAGGAAAAUAAUGCCAGCAUUAUGAAGCAAUUGCUCGAUGGAUUGAAUUACUGCCACAAAAGGAAUUUCUUGCACCGAGAUAUUAAGUGUUCUAAUAUUUUAAUGAACAACAAGGGUGAAGUCAAGUUGGCUGAUUUUGGUCUUGCUCGCCUCUACAACGCCGAAGAUCGAGAGCGUCCAUACACUAAUAAAGUCAUAACCCUGUGGUAUCGAUCGCCAGAGCUUCUACUUGGCGAAGAACGUUAUGGUCCGUCAAUUGACGUUUGGAGCUGUGGCUGUAUAUUGGGUGAGCUUUUUAUGAAACGACCCCUCUUCCAGGCGAGUUCAGAAAUGCCCCAAUUAGAUACAAUAGCCCGACUAUGUGGUUCACCAACACCCGCUGUCUGGCCGAAUGUUAUCAAAUUGCCUCUCUUCCAUGCAAUCAAACAAAAGAAACUCCAUCGUCGACGAUUGCGUGAAGAAUUUGAAUUUAUGCCAACACCUGCGUUAGAUUUACUUGAUAAAAUGCUCGAGCUUAAUCCCGAUAAGCGGAUAACAGCUGAAGAUGCGCUCAAAUCACCAUGGCUAAAGAAUGUCUUCCCAGAGCAAAUGCCAACUCCAGAAUUGCCAACAUGGCAGGAUUGUCACGAACUCUGGAGCAAGAUGCGCCGAAAGCGCGAAAAACAAGAACAGGCGCCCGUAGCAGCAUCUGGUCCUGUUGUAAGGCCAUCAGCGGCCAUUAUCGAUAGCAAUGCCUAGCAGCAGCUGUAUAAAAUGAAUUAUAACGAAACAUAUAAUAAAUAGUUUUAUUAUUUUUGUUCAUAAAAAAAAAACAAUUAGCAUAUUUAAGUUUUUUUUUUUUUUGUUAAAUUUCAUUACAAUUUUAUUUGUUACAUUAAAUAAUAGGUGUAAAAAAAUUAUAUAAACAAAAAAAAUAUUAUUCUUCCUAAAGGAAAUAAACUGUAUUUAACUAAUAAUUUUAGUUACAUUUUUACAAAUAUAAAAAAAAUUAACAAAAAACACAUAAAAAAACUCUUUAUCCUCAAUAAGUUUGUAAAUUUUGAAUACAAAUUAAAACAAAACAAAAAAAUAUAUAUAUUUAAAAUAAAUUCACAUGCAAUUUAAUUACAUACAUCUCCUACAUUUAUAUAUUUUUUUCUUUCUUUCUUAGUUUCACUCAACUUUAAAACAAUUUUAAAUAAAUAAAAAUAAAAUUGAAAAAUAAAUAAAAUAAUUCUUAUUGAAAUAAAAUAACUGUAUAUUUUUAUAUUAUUGCAAUUUAAUAUGUAUGUAUGUAAGAAAAGAAUUUAAACUUAAAAAAUAAAAUUAAAUAAAUAAAUAAAUAAAGGUGUGAGAGAGACUGAAAAUAACAAAAAAAAAAAAAAAAAAAAAAAAACAGUAAA